AAAGAGAAGCUCCCCUCUCCUGGCCCAUCCCUUCCCUUCUUCCCUCCCCCCUCCCCCCGAACUUUCCCUCUCGCAUGCUUUUCCCCUGCACCACGGAUCGCCUCUCGGAUGCCGCUUGCCUGGAAGCUGCGUUAGGAGCGAGCGGCGGCGGUGGCGGCGGUGGCGGCGGCGGCGGCAGCUCGGGAGUGCUAUGACCGGCAAACUCGCCGAGAAGCUGCCGGUGACCAUGAGCAGUUUGCUAAACCAACUGCCUGACAAUCUGUACCCCGAGGAGAUCCCCAGCGCGCUCAACCUCUUCUCCGGCAGCAGCGACUCGGUAGCCCAUUACAAUCAGAUGGCUACAGAGAAUGUGAUGGACAUCAGUCUGACCAACGAGAAGCCCAACCCGGAACUCUCUUACUCGGGCUCCUUCCAGCCAGCCCCCGGCAACAAGACCGUGACCUACUUGGGAAAGUUCGCCUUCGACUCCCCUUCCAACUGGUGCCAGGACAACAUCAUUAGCCUCAUGAGCGCCGGCAUCUUGGGGGUGCCCCCGGCCUCAGGGGCGCUCAGCACGCAGACGUCCACGGCCAGCAUGGUGCAGCCGCCGCAGGGCGACGUGGAGGCCAUGUAUCCGGCGCUGCCCCCCUAUUCCAACUGCGGCGAUCUCUACUCGGAGCCCGUGUCUUUCCACGACCCCCAGGGCAACCCCGGGCUCGCCUAUUCCCCCCAGGAUUACCAAUCGGCCAAGCCGGCCUUGGACAGCAAUCUCUUCCCCAUGAUUCCUGACUACAACCUGUACCACCACCCCAACGACAUGGGCUCCAUUCCGGAGCACAAGCCCUUCCAGGGCAUGGACCCCAUCCGGGUCAACCCGCCCCCCAUUACUCCUCUGGAGACCAUCAAGGCGUUCAAAGACAAGCAGAUCCACCCGGGCUUCGGCAGCCUGCCCCAGCCGCCACUCACUCUCAAGCCCAUCCGGCCCCGCAAGUACCCCAACCGGCCCAGCAAGACCCCGCUCCACGAACGGCCCCACGCGUGCCCUGCAGAGGGCUGCGACCGCCGUUUCAGCCGCUCGGACGAGCUGACCCGGCAUCUGCGCAUCCACACGGGCCACAAGCCCUUCCAGUGUCGGAUCUGCAUGCGGAGCUUCAGCCGCAGCGACCACCUCACCACUCACAUCCGCACGCACACGGGCGAGAAGCCCUUUGCCUGCGAGUUCUGCGGGCGCAAGUUUGCGCGCAGCGACGAGCGCAAGCGCCACGCCAAGAUCCACCUCAAGCAAAAGGAGAAGAAGGCGGAGAAGGGGGGUGCGCCCUCGGCAUCCUCGGCGCCCCCAGUGUCCCUGGCCCCCGUGGUCACCACCUGCGCCUGAGGCUCUGGCCCCCAGAUCCCCACUUUUCCCCUUCAGUGCCUCCGGCUGCUCGCCUGAAAGCAGCGGGAAAGCCAGCCACGGAGGCGCAGGGGCCGCGCCCUGGCCUCUCCAUGGACGUGCGGCCCCUUGCUCCCCUGCGAUGCCCCCGGUUCCCACCCUUUCACGCCGGCCGGCGGUCAGGGGCCAGGGCUGGAGGCGCCUUCCCCUCGCUGCCCCCCCUUAGCCAAGGCGUGGGGGCGGAAAGGUGGCGUCUAGCCCGCUUUGUUCAGUCGGAUCGCCUUGAUCCAGGGGCCGCCGGGCCGCGCCAAGGACCUGCGGGGGACUGAAGGCGGAGCCCACCCAACCCUCGCCCAACCCAAACACCUCACUGUUUCCCCCGUGUUUCCCUCCGUUCCCCCUCGAAGACUCGAGAGGGGGAGGGGGUAAGAAGCGCACCAAAGCGCAGAGCUUGCUGCCCGCCGCACGCACGCGCGCCUGCGUGCGGGGAUGCGCGCGAGUGUGUGCGUGCUCGCGUGUGCGUGUGUGGAUGAGUGUGUGGAUGUGCGCGCGCGCGCGCGCGUGUGUGUGAGACUCUUGAGCUGAACUGGGCUGUGUCUACCCCAAACUCUUCCCCACAUUGGGCCCCCAGGCUGCCAGGGCAUGUCCCAGGCUGGGGGCCUGCACGUGGCCGGAGGAGAUGGUCUUCCAUCUGCUCUGAAAUAAUGUUUCUUACAGAAAUGCCUCGGAUGCCGCCGCCGCGGUGCCGCUGUCGCCGCUUCGGGUUUGGCCCCUCAGAACCCCUCCUUUUCCGGGCGCUUCCCUCUUAGGCCUCAGGGCAGUUUGAUCUGCGGGGAGAAAAAGCAGCCAUCACUGAGCCUGCCUUUAAAUAUACAUAUACACGUGUUAUUUUCUCGGC